AUGGCAGUGUCAGAGGACGACAAGGCCAAGGCCACUGCGUUGAAGAACCAGGGCAAUGAGGCCUUCAAGAAGCACGACUGGCCCACCGCCAUAGACUUCUACACCCAGGCGAUCGAAGUCGACGAUACAGAGCCGACAUAUUUCGCGAAUCGAGCGCAGGCCUACCUCAAGACUGAGGCGUUUGGUUAUGCAAUCCAGGAUGCGACCAAGGCGAUCGAGCUGAACCCAGGCUUUGUGAAGGCUUAUUACCGUCGUGCCAUCGCUCAUGCCGCCGUGCUCCGACCCAAGGAUGCCCUCAAGGAUUUCAAGACGUGCACGCAGAUCGAUCCAGGGAAUAAGGAUGCCAAGCUGAAGCUCGUUGAGUGCCAGAAGAUCGUGCGCCAGUUCGACUUCUUCGCCGCUAUCGAGGUCAGCGAUGCGCCAUCGGCUGCAGAAGGUCUCGAUGUGGCCUCGAUGGCUGUCGAGCCAGACUACGACGGCGUAAAACUCGGCGACGAGAUGACGCAGGAGUUCAUUGACGACAUGGCAGAGCGGUUCAAGAAUGGCAAGAAGAUACACCGGAAAUAUGUAUACCAGAUCAUAUUGGCCGUCAGGAAACUUGUGUAUGAUGAGCCGACAAUGGUGGAGGUCAAGAUUCCCGAUGAUGUGCAACUCACAGUUUGCGGUGACACUCACGGCCAAUACUUCGACCUUAUGGAGCUCUUCAGAUUAAACGGAUCUCCCAGCGAAAAGCACUGGUACCUUUUCAACGGCGACUUUGUUGACCGAGGUUCCUGGUCGACCGAGAUCGCAUUGCUGCUCUACGCCAACAAGUGGCACAGACCAAAUGCCUUCUUCUUGAACCGUGGCAACCACGAGACAGACGACAUGAACAAGGUCUAUGGUUUCGAGGGUGAAUGCAAGGCCAAGUACAACGAGCGCAUCUUCAAGCUCUUCUCCGAGAGUUUUUCAGCGCUACCUUUGGCUACCCUGAUUGGCGACAAAUACUUUGUGCUUCACGGUGGCCUCUUCUCUGAUGACAACGUCACCUUGGAUGACAUCCGAAAACUGAACCGCCACAAGCAGAAGCAGCCAGGACAGGCAGGCCUGAUGAUGGAGAUGCUGUGGACGGACCCACAGACCGAGCCUGGUCGCGGACCCAGCAAGCGCGGUGUUGGCAUGCAGUUCGGACCUGAUGUCACAAAACGGUUCUGCGAGAAGAACGGGCUUGAAGCCAUCAUCAGAAGCCACGAAGUUCGCAUGGAAGGCUACGAAGAAGAGCAUGACGGAAAAUGCAUCACUGUGUUCUCGGCUCCGAAAUACUGCGACAUGACGGAGAACAAGGGCGCUUACAUCAACAUUGGCCCCGAAUACAAGCUCGACUUCAAGAAGUUUGACGCUGUCCCUCACCCCAAUAUUCGACCAAUGGCCUAUGCAAACAGCUCCAUCAUGUCGUCUCUGAUGUGA